CCUCGUGCCCCUGACCAGAACGGCGGCGGAGUCGACAGCAUGAGGAAUAUGGGGGGAGUGCCCUGGCUGGCCGAUAACAGGAGCACCAAACUCAACGCCGCGCAGAACCGAUAUCUGCAUAUGAACUCUUCAAUCUUCGGCGACGGAGGUCACCGGGAGACCAUUCGUCAACAACGCAGCAAGUUAGCGGUUGAGGACCUAAGGCACAAGGCGGCGGCACAGCAGGAGGCAAGGAAGCUGAGGAAGGCGGAGGAGGAGAGGAUCUACGCUGCUAUGGCUGUUCCGAAUUCCUACGACCCUUCCUUCCAAAACCCAGCCGCCAACAGACGCAAUUCUGGUGAAGGCGGCGUGGUAGCGGUUCGUGACACAGCCGCCUCCGUGAGUGAAACUGGCGGCAGGUAUGGUGGCGGCUACGACCCCUAUGGUGGCGUGGGGUAUGAUGACGACCCAUACGGCGGCGGCGGUGGUUAUGGUGGCGGCGGUGGUUAUGGCGGUGGCUAUGAUGCUGGUGGUUAUGAUGCUGUGUAGAUGCUGGCGGUUAUGAUGCUGGCGGUUAUGGCGGAGAUUAUGAUCAAGGAGGAGGAUACGCCA